AGAAAUUUUAGUACGUCAUGUUUUGAAAAUAUGUAGAAUUCGGUGAAUAUUGUAGAUAACAUACAGUUAAAUACCUUAUACCAUCACAACAGGCAUCAGCAAUACCGACAAUCCUUUUGCAAUAUUUACUAGUAACGAUAUCUUAUCUGUUAUAAAAUAUUUAUGUUUUACUACUGAAAAAUGUUGUCGUUUCUCUUAUUGCUUCAGUUGAUUCAUCAUGUAUGGAGCCAUGGUCGCUUGAUGGAACCUCCAGCAAGAUCGUCUAUGUGGAGAGCUGGAUUUCAAGCUCCUGUCAAUUAUAACGAUAAUGAAUUAUUCUGCGGAGGAAUAGAGAAACUGUGGUCUCAAAACCAUGGAAACUGUGGUAUUUGCGGUGAUCCAUGGGACGUUCCGCCUCCACGACCGAACGAAGAUGGUGGAUUAUACGGUCGAGGCAUUAUUGUCAGAAAAUAUAAAAUGGGCCAAACUUUCACGGCGACUGUACAAUUGACAGCUAAUCAUAAUGGCUAUUUCGAGUUUCGGAUAUGUCCCGUGCAAUACGCAAAUCAAGUAGUGGAUCAAGCAUGCCUCGAUCAAAAUUUACUCCAAUUAGCCGAUGGAUCUGGUACUAGAUAUUAUGUUGGACCCGGAACGGGAGAUAUUCAUAUUAAUCUGGUACUUCCUGAAGGGUUGAGUUGUCAGAGAUGCGUGUUUCAAUGGCAUUAUCGUGCAGGAAACAAUUGGGGAAGGUGCAGCGAUAUGACUCAGGGCUUAGGUUGCGGGCCUCAGGAAUAUUUCCGUGGAUGCGCAGACAUACAGAUCGAACCUUAAAAGCGCAAUGUUACGUCAUAAGAAACGUUGUAAAAUGUAUUGUUACGCGAACAAUUAUUUAUUAUAAGCCA